UCGUCACACCUAAAUAUUUCUUAGUUCAACGCACGACUCGCAAAGAUCCUGGCCUUUCUUCCUUCAUCAACGGAAAGCGAACCAAACCCUCCUAUCCACAAUGCCGAUUGAUUUGGUAAAGCUGACCGGGACCUGGAAACUCGCCAACAAGUCUGGCAACCUCGUCGAGGUUCUGCAGAAACUUGGAGACCAACCGCAGCUCUCGGAGUCUGAGAUGGAAACGGUUGAGGUUCAGGUAGAAUACAAGAAGUCCGAUAACAUCGUUACCCGGAAGAUCAUUGUGAAUGGGAGCACAAUUGAGAGCACUUACACACUGGGGAUAGAGUGCGAGGAACCGGGCACCCCCAACAGGAAGGUGACCUACACCAUUGAAGGGGACGCCCUGGUGGUCAACUAUCCCAACCAUGACGGGAAGGGGCUGGUGGUCCGCAAAACCCACCGAUUCGUCAGCGACAAGGCCCUCCGCACGGAUUACAAGGUGGGCGAUCUGGAGGGGUGGUACGAGGCCAAGAAGAUCUAGAUCUGACGUCCUUGAUCGUAGACGCGAGCGAUCCAGCACAGUGAUCUGAUACAGGCCGUGAACAUGCCGCACUUAUUCCGCCAGACUUGAUGGAAGACAACUUCACACUUUUUCUGUGCUUCUCAUAUUUAACACACCUAAGAUGUAAUACCUAGCCCAAUACAAUACCGGUGUUGUUGAGCUUUGGUCCGCUGAACGCUGCUGUACCAUUGGUGGGGAAUGUACAAAGCUGGACAUCGCACAUCUAUAUCACCUUUUACGGUUUACUGCAUUUAAAAUGACACCAUACGUACCAGAGGAACGUCAUGUGUAAAAUAAA